CCUAUGAAGUCCUGGAGCAGGCACUAAUGGAAGGCCCUUUGCAAACCUCCAUUCACUUGUGCCAUGAAAAUGGUCAAUGGAUGUCACGAUUACCAGAGCAGCUCUGGGAUGUUCCCCUCUAUAACUUAGCUCUUCCAGGGAGUCAUGACACUAUGACCUACUGCUUGGACAAAAGCUCUGCUGUUAGUGGCAAUGAUUCCAAGCUGGUGAAGUUUUUAAACAAAUGUAUGCCCUGCAUUGUGCACCCCAUUAUCAUGAAGUGGUCUACAACACAGGUGCUGACUGUGACAGAGCAACUUGAGGCCGGAGUUAGAUAUCUGGAUUUCAGGAUUGCCCACAAGGCUAAUGAUCCAUCUGUGAACUUGUACUUCGUGCAUAUGGUUUACACAACUGUUACUGUACAGGAUAUUCUGUGGGAAGUGUUAAGGUGGUUGGAAACUCAUCCUCAGGAAGUUGUUAUCUUAGCCUGCAGGAAUUUUGAUGGAUUAACCAAGAAACUUCACUGUAAUCUUAUUGCCUGUAUAAAAGAGAUUUUUCAGUGUAAACUGUGUCCCAGAAAUGUGCUGCCGACGCUGAGGGCCAUGUGGCAGCGUGGCCAUCAGGUGAUUGUCUCCUACGAAGAGGACGUGGAAGUGGAGGAGCACUGCGAGCUGUGGCCCGCGAUCCCAUACUGGUGGGGAAACAAAACGGCCACCCGCGCUCUUAUCCAGUACUUGGAGCGCAUGAAGCGGAUGGGCCGCCCAGAACAAUUCUUUGUAGCGGGGAUUAACCUUACUGAAAAUUUAAGGUAUAUUCUCAUGCAUCCAUUUGGAUCACUGAAGAAAAUGACACUCCAGAGUCUUCCAUGCUUGAAAAUCUGGAUAAAGCAGCAGUAUCCAGGACCAAAACAAGAAUGUAUUAACAUCAUUGCUGGAGACUUCGUAGGAAACGGUGAUUUUGUCAAAGAUGUGAUAGAACUUAACACAAAAAUUAAUCCUCCAUUACACUGUCAAAGUAAAGGGCUGGAACAAAUAGCAUUUCAUUCUUGGCUUCUUAAGCUGUGA